CUCCGCUUUCCCGAUGGCGCUUCGUUUCGAGGUUUUGGCGAGGUUUAAUCGCGCUCGCGCAGCUCAACUGACGCUCCCUCACUUUGUAUGCCAGACUCCUCUUUUUAUGCCUGUUGGGACACAAGGAACUAUAAAGGGGUUGGCAACUGACCAACUUGAGGAGAUUGGUUGCCAAAUAAUUCUAGGGAAUACAUAUCAUUUGGCACUUCGUCCUACCUCUGAGCUUAUUGACGACAUGGGAGGCCUCCACAAAUUUAUGAACUGGCCAAGAGCGAUGCUUACCGAUUCUGGUGGCUUUCAGAUGGUAUCCUUAUUGCAUUUAGCUGACAUCACUGAGAAGGGUGUAACAUUUCAGUCACCGGUCGAUGGAAAGCCAAUGCUCUUGACACCUGAGGAAUCAAUUCAAAUCCAAAACAGAAUCGGAGCAGAUAUUAUAAUGGCCCUUGAUGAUGUAGUGAAAACCACCAUCACUGGUCCAAGAAUCGAGGAGGCCAUGUAUCGUACUCUACGAUGGAUUGACAGAUGUAUAGCAGCUCAUACAAGACCAAAUGAACAGAACUUAUUUGGUAUUGUUCAAGGUGGCUUAGAUCCUGUACUGAGGGAUAUAUGCGUCAGAGGCUUGGUAGAAAGGAAUUUGCCUGGCUAUGCCAUAGGCGGUCUUGCUGGUGGCGAAAGUAAGGAUUCAUUUUGGCGUGUUGUUGCUCAGUGCACUGCUGCACUGCCUGAGGACAAGCCGCGAUAUGUUAUGGGAGUUGGUUAUCCAUUGGAUAUUGUAGUUUGCAGUGCUUUAGGUGCCGACAUGUAUGAUUGCGUUUAUCCAACACGUACUGCUCGCUUUGGCACAGCUUUGAUACCUGAGGGAGUGCUGAAGCUGAAGCACAAAGCUAUGGCUAAGGAUACACGCCCUAUCGAUCCUACAUGUGCUUGCAUGGUAUGCAAGAAAUAUACUAGAGCUUACAUUCAUUGCCUAGUUACAAAAGAUGCUAUGGGAUCUCAGCUUCUGUCAUAUCACAAUCUGUAUUACAUGCUGAAGCUAAGUAGAGAUCUACACUCGUCAAUAAUCCAAGGAACAUUUCCAGAGUUUGUAUGCAACUUUCUGCAAACAAUGUUUCCUAAAGGCGAUGUCCCGGAAUGGGUCUGCAAUGCCAUGGAGGUUGCGGGCAUUGACAUCUCUUCCUGUUGUACUCCAUUUUCUUCAUCCAAAGAUUCGGAUUAGAAGUGUAUACACAACUGAGGUAGUAUUAUGCAAGUUUUGAUGCAAGAGCGGUUAUUUUGGGCCAACAACACGGGAAAGGUAGAUAUUUAACAAAUGUAGACCAGGGGAGGGGAAAGCAUAAAUCAUGUUUCCCUUCUGCUGUUUCACUAGAAAUCAUAGGAUAAUCUUCUCCAGCAAUUUUGUCCCUAUCCAUUGAUUUUAAACUACAUUGCAGAAAGAAAAAAGUUGCAGUAGAUAGACUGUUGGCAAUUCUUUUUGGAUUAGGAGAUAAUUCGAUUUUUGUUCAUCUUCACUGCUUGUAAGAACAAUAGAAAAUCAAAUGCAGUUAACAACUUUCUC